AUGACUGUGUGCAGAAAGGGUUGGCAAAAAAAAAAGACAGACAAACAAAAGGCACAGACAAAAUCUGAAUCUGUUAGACCAGGAACAACCAUCAGAGCAGCCAGAGAAAAGCAAGAUAGUUACAUCAACAGUAGUAGUGGAAUACCUGUCAUGUUACUGUGUGUUUUGCUGCUUAUAUUCCCUGCGACUCUUUCUGCUCCAGUCAGAGAUCGCUGCACAACGGGCAAAAACAAGCUACUACUAAUCAGCUUUGAUGGGUUCAGGUGGGACUACGACCGAGAUGUGGACACCCCAAACCUGGACAAAAUGAACGAGGAAGGAGUCAAGGCAGCAUAUGUCACUCCACCUUUCCUGACUAUCACUAGUCCUACACACUUCACCCUGUUAUCUGGAAGGUACAUUGAGAAUCAUGGUGUCAUUCAUAACAAUUGGUUCAAUACAACCACGCAAGAGAAGAAACAAUACUAUAUGACGCAGUUUGUGGAUGAAUACUGGGAUAAUGGCAGUCUACCCAUUUGGAUCACCGCUCAAAGACAGGGUAAAAAAACAGGAUCCUUACACUUUCCUGGCACUGCGGCCACUUACCAGAAUGAAACAAUCCAAGUAAAGGAGGUGGAACCGAGGCUUUAUGACCACACUGAUGAGACGGCAUGGAGGGAGAAAGUGGACAAGGUCAUGAAGGAAUGGUUUAAAGAUCAAGACUUAGAUUUUGUCACUUUGUAUUUUGGCGACCCAGAUGAAACUGGCCACAAGUACGGUCCCGACUCUCCUGAGCGGCGCGAGGCGGUCAAGAAAGUGGACCGAACUGUAGGCUACAUACGAGAAACUGCUGAGAAACACGGACUCAGUCAACAUCUGAAUAUUAUCAUCACAGCUGACCAUGGAAUGAGCACCGUGUUCAAAGGAGAGGAUGUCAAAGAAAUAAUACUCACUGACAUCCCUGGAUUCUCUUUAAAAGAUCUGAAAUUCCACAUGGUGGACUAUGGACCUGCUGGGCUGCUCUUGCCCAAAGAAGGGAUGCUUGACAAGGUUUAUGAAGCCUUGAAAGGAGGGCAUCCAAACCUUCAUGUUUACAAGAAAGAAGACAUGCCUGCUCGACUGCAUUACUCCAAACAUCCGCGCAUCCUACCCAUCAUUCUCUUCGCAGACCCAGGAUAUGUCAUCAAUGGGUUCUACGUAUUCCAGACAAAUAAAGGAGAGCACGGUUAUGACAAUGAAGUCAUGGACAUGAAGCCUUUCUUCAGGGCAGUGGGACCAGACUUCCACAGAAACUUGUUGGUUGGACCAUUUGAGACUGUUAAUGUUUACUCUCUAUUGUGCCACUUACUGGGGAUAAAGCCAGAAAUCAACGACGGGUCACUGGAUAACACCCGACACAUGCUGAUAUCUGGUGGAGAGUCAUGUGAUUCUGGAGGUGUUCAUGACUCGAGUCUUCAGAACGUGUUCACCGGUCUUGCUGCUGUUGCUGGAUUUUUAGCGCUUGUGUUUGUGGUUCUUACAUCCUACUACGGAUAUAAAAGAUGUAAAAUUACUACAAGAGCAAAAGAUGUAGGAGAUGAUAAGGAGAUGAAAGCCGACUCCAAGCAAACAUCGUUCUAAGAUGAACAACUGAUUUUUUACUUAAAAGGUUAAAGACAUAUUUUGAACUGCUGAAUGUCUAUAACUUUUAAGAAAGUUUGUAAUAUUGUUUAGACCUUUAACAUCAUAAAAAGGUGGUGGAUCAUUAUUUAUACUAAUAGAUAUCUUUAUCUCCAAUGGAAGAGCGUAAGAUAAGUCUCUUGUCUUAUGAUGUGGGAGAGUGCAUCAUAAAAUGCAUUAUGAAAUGAAAUGUGUUUUAGAUUCAUGAAUGUGUAUCAUAUGAAUAAGGCCAUAUUAGCAUCAGCGCUUCAGUUCUAAAAAAAAAAAACAGGGUCAAGAUCAUGAAAUGAAAUUAUCAUUAUCAAUAAUGCAAGUUGAUGGAAAGCAUUCAUUUGUGUGUGUGUGUGUGUGUGUGUGUGUGUGUGUGUGUGUGUAUGUGUGUGUAAUAGCACUAAAUAUAAGCAGGAUUGUGGCUAAAAGAUCUGUCCAAUAUUUUUGUUUCUUAUAUAAUUAUGGGAGACUCCUGUAUUCUCUUUUUUUAUCUUGAUCUGAACAAUAAUGCAAGCCGGUGAAAUAUACUCAUGCAUCAUUGAUGAGCAAAUUAUAGAGAAGUGAAAAGCCUCAAACAGAAGAAAACACCAUGGAGUGGCCCAGUCAAAGCCCUGACCUUAACUAUGAUUGAAAUGCUUCACAAUGACCUCAAAAGACCAAUUCACACCAUAGAUUUAUAAAGAACAAUAUAGUACAAAAUUGCUCCUGGCUCUUGUGUCUGAACCACAAUUAGAGCAUCGUGCCAAAUUAGAUUAGGAAAAUGAAUCUACCACUCAAAUGCAUUACCAUAGUCAUAACACAGACAUUCCUUUGGGCCACAAAUUAACAAUUUUAAAUGUGCAUCAUUUCAAAAUCAAGCAAACCGAAGAAUGUGCAUAAAUAUUGUGUGGUUGCAAACAAUGGAAAUACCUUUUGUCAGCAACGACCAUUUAUAAGUUAACAUGGUGCUAAAGGAAUAGACUUCAUGCCAAAAAGACCAGCAGGAGUGUCCAAGUUUUGUGUUCAGCUGGUGAAGAUGAUUCCCAAGUUGGUUAAGAAAAAAAAUUUGUCAACAUCUCAAGGGCCAACAAGGGCCACAGAACUGUUCACACUUACAAAGUUUUUGCAAAGAAACAGUCUCCAGCACACCUUUUGAAGCACUGUUUGAUUGAUAAAAUCCAAAUGCUUUUUGCCAUUUCAGUCGCACAAGUGUAAAUAAAUAACUCAUUAGGCAAUGUA